AUGGUCUCAAUUGUCACCGAUCUAAUGGCGGUUACAACCGGAAAAAAAAUUACUAAACCAAAUGGUAACCAUACAAAGAGCGAGAAGAAUCUAACUGAUGGAGGGCAACAUGGGGCUGGAGCCCAUUCCAGAGCCUCCAAAGGAACCGGGCUCCGCAUGCUUGACUCUCCCAUAGCGUCGGAUGUGACGAAGGAGCCUGGCCAAGAAGGUGUUGUGAUUCUAAUCACAGUCAGAUUUCGGGAAUUUGUUCUAACACAGCAGCACCCAUACGUGCCUCGGGAUUUGCAUCUGCCGGACUACGUGCCGUGCUUCUUGUCGCAGAGGGAGAUCGUGCUGCCCUACCUCGUCGCCUCCCUCCUCCUCGUCACUCUCAUCUGGCUCCUCUCCGGGCGUUGUUCGACGAUAACAAAGACCGAUCGCUUGCUCAUGUGCUGGUGGGCUUUUACGGGGCUUACUCACAUUAUUCUCGAGGGGUAUUUUGCCUUCACUCCCGAGUUCUACAAGGAGAAAACUCCCCAUUACCUGGCUGAAGUCUGGAAGGAGUAUAGCAAAAGUGACUCCAGAUACGUCAGCAGGGAUGCAGCAGUUGUUACUGCUGAAGGAAUAACUGCUGCAAUUGAGGGUCCAGCUUGCCUUCUUGCAGUGUAA